UCUGUCUCGUUUCCAAUUUCAGAAAUUCAGGACCUUGGCUCCACUCUCAGACCCACAUCCAACCCCAGUUCCACCUUAUUUGGACACCAUCUUCCCGCUGCACAUGCCUUCUACAAUUUGACUCUCCAAUCCCAGGACCUCAUUCUUAACGCCGUUUCCCCCAACACUCUUUCUACUUACUGGACAGGAUGGCAAUGUUUUCGUCGGUUCCACGUUUUUCUUUCAAUCCCCUUUCCCUCCUUUGAUCUAUUUAGCACGGCCAACUUCCUCACCUUUACCAGCUCCCGCCUCUACAUUCGAUCAUCCUCCCUCAAAGUUUACCUGUCAGCUAUCAACUUCUUUCAUAAACUCCUCCAUGGCUCACCUCAUCCUUUCGUUAGUCAUCCUCAGAUCACACUGCUUUUAAAAGGCAUUAAAAGGAGCGAACCUCCUCUCACUCACAAACGUCUUCCCCUAACCUCUCACAUUCUCUCCUGCUGCCUUUCCACUCUACGUUCCGGACAAUAUUCUCCCAACAUUUCUCAAACCUUAGAAGCUAUGUUUUUGCUAGCUUUCUUUGGUUUUCUCCGAGUUUCAGAAUUUACCACUCCUUCCACCACUCAUCAUCCCUCUCUCCACCCCUGUCUGUCUGAUAUCACCAUCCUGGACACCGACACCCUCAUUUUCAACAUCAAGAGAAGCAAAACUAAUCAAUUUGGUAUAUAUACUCCAGUUUACAUAUUCAGACUUCAUUCAUCUCUCAGUCCUUACGAACCUCUCCAGCUCUACCUCCAGUUCCGUCUCUCCCAAGGUGCUCGUCCUCAUGACCCCCUGUUUAUCAGUGAAUCCGGUUCCCCUGCUACCAGUCAUUGGUUUCAUUUUCACCUCAAGAACGUACUCUCCCUCAGUGGAUUUAACCCCGCACAUUUCUCCGCCCAUUCUUUCAGAAUCGGAGCAGCCACUACAGCUUCUCACCAAGGUUUACCUGACCACACCAUUCAGAUCCUCGGCCGCUGGUCCUCCCAUGUCUAUCACAGCUACAUCCGCACUCACGCCCGAGACCUGUUCACUGCCCACGAACUUCUAGCUUCUGUAUUUCCUUAA